CCUGCGCCCCCCAUUUUUCUGGGUAUUAAUGAUCAAACUCAUUCUCCCUUCGACUCUGCCGAAGAAAGCUGCCUUCCUGAACUCCGCUGGGUCAGUUUCUCUCUGGAAUUUCUUCCUGUCGGCCACCAUCUUGUCUAGCGUGUUGUCUCGGAGAUAUUCUCCUUUGCUUUUUUUUUCGGGACACGCAUUCUUUUUCUCUUUGUGUGUAUGUGUUUGUGGGACACAUGGAUGGAAGUGAAGAUACUGGAGUGGUGUCCAACGAAGAGGACCCGGGUUCCAGGAGCAGUGACGGGAUUUCCGAACCUGGCCUACGACUGGACCGAGAAGGAGGCCCGUACACCAGCAGCAGUGGCGAAGAUGAUGAUGACGAUGGGGACGAAGAAGAAGAUUAUGAGGAAGAAGAAGAGGAUGGUGGAGAGGAAGAAACGGCUGACAACACGGAGGACUCUCUUUUUGAAAAUGGUGAAACUCAAGAUAAUGUUUUGGUGGACACGGAAAACAACUCCUCAGCAGACGUGCCCAGGAUGACCUCGUCCCUGGCCCUGGGGUCACUGCUCAAGUACGACACCCCCGUGGCAGUGUCCAAGGCGACUUGCACUGGAGACGAAGUCAUGCUGAGUGUGCCACCAUCGUCAGUGGCGACAUCUAACGGAGAUAUGACCAUCACUGAGGGCUCAGCUGUGGAGCAACUCCUGUCGUCCAUCACGGGUUCGUCUGGGUCUCAACAGGGCAAGCAGCACAAGGGCAUGCAGCAAGUUAUCGACAUGAUCCUGCCGCCGAUCGUGUGGGAGCAGAACGGGCAGCUGUGGAUGCAGCAGGUGUCCAGUAAACCUGCUACAAGGCUGGAUGUGUUGAACCUGCAAAGACUGCUGGAUAUGAGGCUGGAGCACAGGCAGGCAAAGGAAACUGGCAUUUGUCCCAUCAGGAGGGAGCUGUAUACUCAAGCUUUUGAUGAGCUCAUCAGGCAAGCAACUGUGAACUGUGCUGAAAGAGGCCUGCUUCUACUGAGGGCCAGGGAUGAGCUGAAAAUGACUCUUGCUGCUUAUCAGACCCUGUUUGAAAGCAGUUGUGCUUUUGGCAUCAGGAAGACACUCCAGGUGCCCAAAGCCAGAGAAGGGAGAGAAGAGCUGGAAAGACGGGUUGAGUCUCUUGAAGAUGAGAAGCUCAAGUUGCUGGAGGAAUGUGAUAGACUCAGAGGACAGCUGGAGAAUGCACAGAGACUCCAUGAAGAGCAAAGAGCAGUGGAGGCUGACAGUCACAAGAAGAAAAUUGAGUUUUAUCAACACAAAGUUCAACAAAUCAAGAACCAACUGGAGGCCAUUUUGGCUGCAAAGAAGUGAUGCAACAACUUGAGUUGGGAGCAAUUCAAAUUACCAUAUAAUUUGUCCACCAUCUUUGGUGGAGAAAUAUUCUUUCCAAUUUUACCACCAUUUUUCAACCCCUGCUCAUGUCACAAAGUCAGUCUUUCUUGAAUUAAAGCACAUUGGUUACCAAUUA